AUGAGAUCAAACAUUCCUGGUGUCAGAUCAAACAUUCCUGGUAUCAGAUCAAACAUUCCUGGUAUCAGAUCAAACAUUCCUGGUCUCAGAUCAAACAUUCCUGGUAUCAGAUCAAACAUUCCUGGUAUCAGAUCAAACAUUCCUGGUAUCAGAUCAAACAUUCUAUCAGAUCAAACAUUCCUGGUAUCAGAUCAAACAUUCCUGGUAUCAGAUCAAACAUUCCUGGUCUCAGAUCAAACAUUCUAUCAGAUCAAACAUUCCUGGUAUCAGAUCAAACAUUCAUGGCAUCAGAUCAAACAUUCCUGGUAUCAGAUCAAACAUUCCUGGUAUCAGAUCAAACAUUCCUGGUAUCAGAUCAAACAAUCAUGGUAUCAGAUCAAACAUUUCUGGUAUCAGAUCAAACAUUCCUGGUAUCAGAUCAAACAUUCUUGGUAUCAGAUCAAACAUUCUUGGUAUCAGAGCAAACAUUCCUGA